AAUCAAGAGGAAAGUAGUAGGCAAGGUUCCCGUGUGGAAAUGGUGGGCUUGAACUUCUCUAGCAUUGAAUGGUUUCGAAUUGUACUUGAUGAAGCACAUUAUAUGAAGGAUCCAAAAACCAACAGGAGCAUUUCCCUCUUAGGUUUGAAAGCCCAACGAAGAUUAUGUCUUUCAGGAACACCUUUGCAAAAUCAGCUUGGUGACCUUCACAACUUGAUAAAGUUUCUUCAAAUUGAGCCCUGGACAAACAACUCAAUUUGGAAGCAAUGUGUGGAAGGACCAGUCCAGUUGGGCAAUCCACAAGGAAUCUUGACAUUACAGAGUAUCAUGAAGGGUAUCAGCAUGAGGCGAUUAAAAACAACUGUGCUUGAUCUUCCUGAAAAAUGUGAAAUUACUGUCUACCUUGAACUUGAAAAACCCUGGAACAUUAGAUACCAGAAGAACCAUGCAGCCUUUGCAGAGCAGUUUGGGAAGAAUCGACUUUCAGUCCAAGGAUGGGACUCAAGCCAUUUUUUUGGGGAGCUAGUAAAUUUACGACAGCUUUGCAAUCACCCUGCAUUGAUUGAAAAAGAAAAAGGAACAGGAGGAUACUUCUGGAAUCAAAGCUCAAAGAUUGUACAUCUUCUGAAAGAUCUUUCCCUGUUCCUGGCAAGUGGAAAUCAAGCACGAGCAGUAAUUUUCUCAGAGUUCAAGAGGUUUCUACAAAUAAUUGAAAUAGCUUUGAAUGAACGGGGAAUCCAAUUUACAACACAUUAUGGAAAGAUGGACAACGAUACUAGAAGGAAAAAUUUGGAAUAUUUCCGGAGGGAUGUAUCAUGUAAAGUACUCUUGGCUACAAUAAAAACUGCGGGUGUGGGGAUAGAUCUUAGAUGUGCACAUAAGGUGUAUUUGAUGGAACCAACAUGGAAUCCUGCAGUGGAAGAGCAGGCAAUAGACAGACUGUACCGAAUAGGACAAAAGGAGAGGGUUCAAGUGGUGAGGUACUGCAUCAAAAAUAGUAUUGAGGGGCACAUUUUCCAAAUCAAGUGGAAAAAAGCAGAGUUAGCAAUGCUAAGUGUGCCUCUGUGUGGAAACCUUGAAUUCGAGUUGGUGAAGAAAUUAAUGAUGGAGAAAAUCUGUGAAAAUUAGGUUUAAGGGAUUUCAACAUACCUACAAUGGUAAAACCUUUUGUAUGAUAGCUUGAAGAUCAAUUGCAGCUUGAAUUUGCAAGAGGUUGAUGUCUGUUUCAUUGAGUGAUGCAAGAAAUGUAGGGUUGUAGCAA